AACGUUUCAGUUACAACAAAUAAACAGAGAUGAAGAUUAUUCAGACAAACUUAAUGUUUGAAACGGAUAUAUUUGCAUUUGUUAGUAGCCUAUAUACAAUCUGCUGUAGGUUCUAAGUGAACAUUCUUCAUGAACGUAAUCUGUAUAUAGCCUACAAUAUAACACGCUUUUAAUAUUUUCUGAGAGAAAUACUUGUGGUUCUCACCUGUGCAUCUCGUUGCUAUGUUGUUAUGGCUUGAAUGCAUCCUUCAACUCUAUGGAUGUAUUUAUCGUCCACCUUGCGAAAAUUCUCAUUAAUAAUAAUAUAAAAGCCUUCACCACACCUGUGGGAUUCGUAAAUGAAGUCCUUGGCAAACACGACGGAGAGGAGGAGCAUAGGACAACGUUUCUGACUACAACUCCCAUCAUGCACCGGUGUUUUCAUUCGUCACAGUCUCGCGGGCUAUGCUUUGUUAUGGCGGCGUCGUUCGAAACUCAUCAAAGUUCAGACGCCAACUGCUGAAAUAUUUAAAUACCCGAGUCAGCAACCCAAACCAAGUAACAGCGCAUCUCUAACGAUUGGUCCAGUGCAGUUGAAUGUCCGCGAAUCAACUCGAUGCUCCUGGCACAAGACUGUAGGACCAGUUAUUCAGUGCUACACUUGGAUGGCAACUUUAAUGGUUUGAGCCAGGUCAACAUCAUGAUGUCAUCUCCAGCUGGACUCCAGCAAGGGCAGUUUAACUUCCUUUCCCAGAGGAUGCCGGACAGCUCCCGCGCUGGGGUGAUAUUACACGGGUCCCCGGGAGAAGCGGGUUCCGGGUCCGUCCGGAGCAGCGGCAGUCUGGUGGUUCAGGAUCCAGACGACUCUUUCAGCUGUCAGUUUGCCCCACUGCCCCUCUCCCUGAGCAGCAGCUGUGCCAGCGUGGACGUGUGCAGCCCGAGUGGAGGUGGCAAGACACUCAGGGAAACUGAGCUGUUUGAUGCAUCUUUAAACCGUGAGAUGCAAAGUAUCCAAGAUGUUUUAAGAAACACACGGGAUCUCCCAUUAAUAGCUAAGCUUGAACAGCUGAAGCAAAUGCAACAUCGCAUGCAAGAGCAGCUAAAAGCGCACCAGCAGGAACAGCUGCUUAGACUACAACAUGAACCACAAAGACUUGUGGGAAAAGCACAGAAUACUGCAGAGACCACUGGGUGGAACCAGGAACAAAGUGUGGUGGAGUUGAACACUGGAAAUGAAGACAGUGAUCAUGAUUAUCAAGAAUCAAUUCAGUCCACAAUUGAAGAUCAAACUAUGUACAGAAAAGAGUGUGACUCAGAGCCACAAGACAGACCUAUCAAAUCGGGGUUUGGUGGGAGAACAUUUGAGGAAAUCCUGGAAGAGCAGCUCAAGAUGGAAGACCAGAAACUGAUGGGCAAGAGUUAUGCAUGA